UUUAGCUACCCCGAAGAGCACAGCUACAGGAAGGAUCAUUUGAAUCUCGCUAUUCUUCUCCAUUCUCUUUCACCCUCAAGUCAUCAAUCCCAUACCCAUUACUGUACCCAUCCAACCAUGAAGUCCCUCACUCUAAUCCUCACCACCGCCACCCUCGCCGCUGCCCACGGCUACGUCGACAACGCAACCAUCGGCGGCACAUACUACCAAUUCUACCAACCCUACCAAGACCCCUACAUGUCCCCGAUCCCACCACGCAUCUCGCGCCCCAUCCAAGGCAACGGCCCCGUCACCGACCUCUCCCUAAUCGACCUCCAAUGCGGCGGCUACACCGCCGGCGGCAUCUCCGGCUCAACCCCAGCCGCCCUGCACGCCACCGCCGCCGCCGGGUCCAAGGUCACGCUCCGCUGGACGCUCUGGCCGGACAGCCACGUCGGGCCGACAAUCACGUACAUGGCGCGCUGUCCGGAGAGCGGGUGCACGGGGUACUCGCCCGGCGCCGCGGCGGUGUGGUUCAAGGUGCAGGAGAGCGGACGCGAGGGCACGAGCAAUGUGUGGGGCGACACGAGGCUGAUGGUGGGUGGGAAUGCCGGGGUGGAGUAUACGAUUCCGGGGUGCUUGAAGGCCGGGUAUUAUCUUGUUAGGCACGAGAUUGUGGCGCUGCAUAGUGCGUAUGAGUAUCCGGGUGCGCAGUUCUAUCCGGGGUGUCAUCAGGUCAAGGUUACGGGGGGUAGGACGACGGUUCCUGGUGGACUGGUGGCGUUUCCGGGGGCGUAUAAGGGGAGUGAUGCUGGGAUCACGUACGAUUCGUAUAAGGCGCAGACGUAUACGGUGCCAGGACCGAAGUUGUUUAGCUGCUAGACCGCAGGUAUAGACUGUGCGGAGCGUUCAAGGAACAUACUACCUGGGAAACAUGUUAUAAUAUAGCUAUCAACUAUACUUAGUUUGUGGU